GUGUGAAAAAUUCAGUACGCAGAUAUGUUCUGUAAAUAGGAAUUUCCCCAAAAGGAAAACUUCCUGGUAAAGCUAAACAUAAUGUUAAAAAUAACGGAUAUUCGCUAUUGGUCAAAUUGUGAAACUGCGUAGCGUACUGUAUGUACUUCACUAAUGUUACAGGUUAGGAAUGUAACUUUAAAAGUCCAGGACUGCCAAUUAAAAGCACGGGAACACGUUAUUACACAUACUUAAGUUUAGAAUAAUGCGAAUAAGCGCAUUUUGGUUGACAUUUUAAGAUCGAAAAUCAAACAAUUUUUUUAAACGCCUACUUCCAGUGUAUUGCAUUACAUAUUUCUCGACGCUGUCACAUGAUCGAAACUGAUAGCGAAAACUCGUCCUAAGUCCAUCAAUGUGACUCAGUAUCUCUACAAACCACUUACUCUGCUGUCAUGUUGCUCUCGCCUGUCGUGGUGGUGUUGCUGUUCGUGUUUGCAGGGGUCCCGGGCGUGACGCCAUCGGCGCUGUCGGACUAUGUGUUUAGACCCGACCCCAAUUACAAGUAUGAAAUACUGCGGACGAUCAAAGGAGAGGGAUACACCCAUUAUGUCAUCAACAUGACGUCACAGAAAUGGUUAACAGAGGAGCUGACGGAUCACCCAAUUUGGUGGCAUUAUCUCUCCAUGACGGUGCCGGACAAACUGAUUUACCCCAACGACUGCUACCUCUACAUCGACGGCGGUAGCAACCACAGUCCACCCCCAGAAGAAACCGACGGUUCUGUGGCCAUGUCGAUAAUGAUGGCGAUGAGCACUGGAAUAGUGGCGGGAAAUUUGAAAAUGAUUCCUAAUGAACCAAUCACGUUUACCGAUGACCCGACACACAAAUCCCGAGGAGAAGAUUCCAUCAUUGCAUGGACAUGGAGAACGUUUGUAGAAAUCAACAAUACAUCUCCAGAGUAUCUUCUUCGUUUUCCAAUGACCAAGGCUGCAGUCAGAGCUUUAGAUACGUUAGCAGACGUGGCUGUGAAGACGAAUGCGACCAAGAAACUAGACCGGUUCUACGUCGCUGGAGGAUCUAAACGUGGCUGGACCACGUGGACAACUGGUGCCGUAGAUCCGCGAGUUAAAGGCAUCGCUCCUAUUGUUAUGGACCUUCUGCACAUGGUCAAGAACUUGCACCACCAUUUCCGGGCUUAUGGCGGCUGGACUUUCGUUUUUGAAGCUUACUACGAACUGAAUUUCACAAGACAGCUGGAUAACCAGAGAACCCAACUGAUGGCUGACUAUGUCGAUCCGAUUUCGUUCAAAGACACCUUAACCAUGCCCAAAUUGGUUAUCAGUGCUACAGGAGAUGAAUUCUUCCUACCAGACGACUCGCACUAUUACUACAAAGAUCUCAUUGGACCCAAAUAUCUGAGAAUCGUACCAAAUGCUGAACAUUCGUGUGUUGGACAUGAAAUUGAUAUUUUCUUUACAAUCAAAAGCUUCAUUCUUUCCAUUGCCACGGCAACGCCUUUACCUGAACUGACGUGGAAACGAGAAUUAACACCAUUCGGUGGACGAAUUACGGUAUUUUCUAACAUCGCCCCGCUAAAGGUGAACGCAAUGUACGCACACACCCUGGAUGGAGUAAAAUAUGUCUAG